GACGUUUGUACGAGCACAAACAUCAAUAAGAAUGUCUGCCGAGAGUGAAGUGCACGAUAAAGUCCUGGGUUCGUUCAAAGAAAACGUAACCAGGUUCCUGCUAAACUACGUCGCCAGAUUCGCUCUAGCGGGGGUGGUUUUGUAUUCGAGUUACAUCGCGCUGAUAAGGGUUACGUGGUUCACGUGGCACGUCAUAUUAUGUACUGCAGGGUACGUUCCCCUCAUGGCCGAGUCGAUUAUACUGUUCCUCGGGGAUGAACUCUGGACCCGGCAGCUCAACAGAACGCAAAAGUAUUGGGUACAUGGGAUAUUGAUAUCUCUUGCUACCUUUUUCAUUAUCGUAGGGAACGCCUUAGUUUUCCACAAGCUCCAGUCCGGGUAUCACUUGUAUACGGCCCAUGGAAUCACUGGUUUGAUUUCCAUGAUACUGAUAAUUGCUGCCAUACCUGUCGGCUUGGCGAUCAAUUACGCUAACGAAAUUAAACGCGUUCUAACGGUACGGCCGUUGUGGUACAAGGCGAUCCACAAUUUUUUGGGUUUGCUCGGUUACGUCAUAGGAAUAAUUAGUCUGGCGUUUGCGUUCUACACCAAAUGGUUCGUCUACUACACGGGACCUGAGGCACGAAUGCUGUCGCUCGUCGCUACGAUCUUAGGGUCGAUUUGGAUGGUGAACGGCGCGCUAGUAUCCAUGUACCAUCAAAUUAAGUCAUUAGUUACGUAACGAGAUUUUCCUAAAUUGUAAUUGACUAUUUACGACCUACGAUUUCAUUCAGAGUCAUGAAGUUGUUUGGACAAUUCAAAUUUUCCAGAUUUUAGCCACAAAAAAGACUGGUAACAUGGGAAAACCGUUAAGGUUAUUUAAUAAAAGUCGAAAAAGACGAUAGUGGACUUGUUUUUGGGUGUUUCAAAAAGCAUGUGCCAUCGCUGAAUGGGAGAUUCUCACGUAAAAACAAGACUCUCUUUUUUAAUAUCAACAUGAGUCCGAUUCUCCUUCGUUUCGCAGGUUAUUUAAAAAUUUAUAUUUUUUGAUUUACUAAAAAUGUACCCAAAGGACUAGAAAAACCAAUAAAGUGUGGAGCAUAAAAAUUAUUUAAAGCAGUAUACAAUUUAAAUGCCUUUUUCUCUUUAAUAGCGAAAUUAAGAAGGCUGUUUAGUGCCUAUUAAAAGCUACCAUUUGAUCGCUUGUGGAUUGCGAUAAAUGCAAUUCUGCCCAAAAUCUGAUAUGCCACACACUAGUCUGAAAAUUGACACUGUCAAUAACUUGUCAAUUUUAAGUAAGUAUUUAGUAAUUUGUUGCGUUCAUAGUUGAAUGCCAUUUUACCAUUACAACUUGGCUGAAUUAACUUACAUGUUAAUAUUUUAUGGCAAGCCAGGAAGAAUGGAAGAGAAGCAGUUCGAAUUUAUGAAGACAGGUUUGCCGAACGAAGAGCAACAAUAUUUUUGAAAAUUUGAAAAUAUAUUGUUGUAAAUCAAAUUAUAUGGUUCUAAAACGAUGAGCACAGGCACAUUUUCGUAUUCAUGUUAGGGAGUACCUUUCAGAAACAUACGGUCAUUGAUGGAUUGGUCGCGGUGUUCCAGUAGCAUGGCCACCAAGAUCCCCUGAUUUGAACCUUUUAGAUUUUUAUUUACGUGAAGAAGUGUUAGAAUUUAUAGAAGUAGCAUUUGUAAUAGUUCGACAAAAUCUUCGUAUUUGUGCCCGGAUAAGAGGAUCUUUGUGCCGACGAUGAAGCUACAGGUAUCCAUUUUCACCACUUACUGUAAAUUUAUUGAGAGACGUUUAAUUAUAUUAAGUUUAAAUUAAAGGCUUUAAAAAUCUUUAAAAUAUAGCGAUAUUCAAUGUAGUACAUAACAUAAAUGCAUUUAUAUCAUUAAAGAAAUCUAAAUCAAGAGGUACCUAGGCUUUAAGCGGUCUUAAUUUUGCUAUAUAAGUAAAAAAAGUCAAUGGCACUCAGUUGGCAGCCUGUACGCACGGCAGUGAUCAAAUUGCCCAAACUGUUUUUGUAGUAAAAUUUGUACUAAUUUAGAUGGUUAACCCUACUUUAAUGAAAUUGUUAUGAAAUAAAUAAAAAAAAAAUUCUUUAACACCCUGCAGCUUUGAAACGAAACUGAAUCGGAUCCAUGCUGAUAUAAAAAUAGUAUAGCGAGCGGAGCGAGUGUUUAAUAAACGAGUGACUUAAAAAGUUUACCGAACGUGUUGCAUACUAUACUUUUUCUACGACCGUUAGUUUGUGGGUACAUUUUCGCAAAUCAACACUAAUAUAUUCACUGACAUGACCGUCAGAAUUGAAAAACGCCAGAUUCAACGCGUGGGAAAUAUAUCCAAAAACAUGUGGAAAUUUUGAGCCCCCUGUUUUAUUACGUUCCUUGUAUCAUUUACUUAUC